AUGGACAUAUUGACUGAUCCUUUCUUUUCUUCCAUUCUUGAUGAUUCUUUACUUUCUUUGGAAAAUAUGCUAAAUUCAAGCUCAGAACCUUCCUGUUAUAAUGAGGCAAAGUAUAAUCUUGAGUGGAUUAUUGCUAUGAAUAAGGAGUUAGAUGCACUUGAAUUGAAUAAAACUUGGGAAGUUAAUAAUUUACCUUCUGGUAAAUCUGCUAUUGGAUGUAAAUGGGUUUAUAAAACCAAGUUGAAUCUUGAUGGUACAUUGGAUAUAAAUAAUGCUUUUUUGCAUGGUUACAUUGAUGAGGAAGUUUACAUGAAGCCACCUUUGGAUUAUAAAGUUGAACCAGGAAAGGGAUUGGUUUCCAGAAAUAGUAAGGGCAUUCUUCUAAGCCAAAGGAAGUAUGUACUUGAUAUGCUUCAGGAAACUCAACUUGAACACUGUAAAUCAGUUGACUUUCCUUUUCCCAGAGGUGUGAAGCUUAGUGCAUUUGAUGGUGAUUUAUUACUGGAUCCUGAGACAUAUAGAAGAAUGAAGACUAAGAAACAAAAAAUUGUUUCAAAAAGUUCCACAGAGGCAGAAUACAGGUCUAUGAGUCAAACUGCUAGUGAGAUUGUUUGGUUGAAGAGAAUCCUGAAUGAAUUGAAGAUUGAAGUUCCUACUCCUAUUUCUUUGAUAUGUGAUAAUAAUUUAGCUAAACUUAUUGCUGAAAAUCCUUGUUUUCAUGAGAAAACAAAACAUCUCAGAACUAAACAUCAGAAAAUGGAUGUUCAUUAUAUCAGGGAACAAGUACAGGAAGGUUUGAUCAAAUUGUUUCACAUCAAGUCUGCUUCACAAAUAGCUGAUAUUAUGACAAAAGCACUAGGAGCUGAUCAACAUAGAAAUCUUUAUACUCAACUAGGAUUAGUUGUUAGUUCAGGCUUUCAAGAUUGGCCUGGU